CUCGGCGAAGAGAAAAUGUUUAAUCGCCUUUCCCGAAAACCGGCGGUGCCUUUCCAAUUACAUACAUCGUCCCUGCCUGGGCGAAACAAGCCGCAACUCGUAUGCAAGUCGCACAUACGCGGACAGACACGCGCCUGGGCCCGUCCGUAUGUCUGUCAGAUUGAUGCAAUUUUGCCAAAGCAGGGGAAAAACGGGAUACGAGCCCGUGGGGGAAAGGUGGGGGCGAACGAGCAGCAGGUGGAGGAGGGCAGAGAACGAGAAAAACAUUGCAAAACUUGGCGUUCGAACGUUGAUCCCCACACAUGGGGAUACGAAUGUAGAGAGAACCACGGUGGGAUACGUCGUUGGACAUAUGUAGUAUAUAUACAUGCGUUACAUUCACACGCGUGUAUACACAGGCACACGCUGGCGCUGUUUAGAAAGUCCGACAACGAGAACACGCUAAGGUACACCUUGGUACCAGAAGACAUACCCAUCAGAAAGGUGUACCAGAAGGUUCAGCAGCUUCAACCAGCUGGUGGGGGUAACCCUAAGCUAGCGGUGUCAGACGGUGCUGGCCGCUCACUGCUCGUCGAUUCGCCGAGCGAUCGACAUCGAAGUGUUCUCGUCGAUCGAGGAAACGAGAAAGAGAGAGGAUUCCUUGAGAUACCAAGCAAACAUCCAGCAAAAGGGUAUCGGGCGUAGUCAGAGUCGAUUUGUCGUUCAGUGCUUUCUUUCGGAGGAAGAA